UGUCAGUGUCAUGUCAUCAGCAAGCAGUACAUACAUUGCAUUGUUUUGCUUUUUGCUUCGGUUUUGUUUGAAAUUAUUGCAAAAAGAAAGAGUACAUAGCAGGAAUAAACAGCUCUAACGAUGAAUAACUCUGCAGCAAAGGUUGGUGAAAUAUUUACGGAAGCUGGUGCUGCCUUCAACAAACUAGCUGAAAUGACCAUGUUGUUGCAUCCUAUUGCUGAAACUUCGCCUGGAACACCAGCUAAAACGCCAGUGAAAAGGAAAUUGGCUGAUGAGAGGCUGUCAGGAGGCAGUGCAACUACACCUCAACCCCAACAUACAAUUCACACCUCGCCUAUAUCUCAGCAGGUAACAUUGAACAUGCUGAAUGCUCAAGAAUCAGAAAUGGAUGUGGAAGGUCUCAAUAAUGAAAUGAAAUUGGAAUUCGAGUCCAGUACUGAAGAAGUCGCAACAUAGGGAAUAAGACAAUGACUUGUAAGAAACAAUUUGUAAAUCCUUAUAAUUAUCAUUAUCACCUUUCAGUUUUAUUACAGAUAGUUUAUAUGAAAACAUAGUAAUAAAAUAAAUUAUUUUGUAUAA